GCCAGAGGUAAGAGCUGACUUACAGGAACACCAAUUCCGAAAGUACAAUUCUCAUCAACUUAAUCAACAAGACUACUUCAGCAGUGACAUCAUGUCAUUUUCCUCAUCCAGAGAAAACCAAAGAUUUCAGCUUCACGGAAGCUAAUGCUCAAGAGUCUGAUGGUGACCAAGGCCAAGGAGGAACUUGAGCAUGAGAUUCUUGAUAAAGAGCGGGAGAAACAUAGAUACCUGGCUGAAAGAGCUCCAUCCCUCAACAUCAGCCACAUGAGCGUGGCCCAGUUACAGGAUCUGUGCAGACAGCUCCAUGCCAAAAUUGACGAGGUAGACGAGGAGCGAUACGAUAUCGAGGCCAAAGUGAUGCUCAACACACGAGAGAUUCAAGACUUGGGCAUCAAAGUGUUGGACCUGAGGGGGAAAUUCAAGAGACCCACCCUCCGGCGCGUUCGUGUGUCUGCUGACGCAAUCCUGCGCUCGCUGCUGGGCUCGAAGCACAAAGUUUCGAUGGACCUCCGAGCCAACCUGAAGUCUGUCAAGAAAGAGGACACGGAAAAGAAGAGGCCAGUGGAGGACAGUGAUUGGAGGAAAAAUGUGGAGGCCAUGUCAGGCAUGGAGGGAAGAAAGAAGAUGUUUGACGCUGCCAAGGGUUCGGCGCAGUGAACCCGCAACACGGGUUCCUCCUGCGGCCCCUGGCAGCUUUCUCACAAUGCAGCUCAGCUUCUUCACUUCACACAAGACAAUGUCCAAAAAAAGGAAAAAUGUCCAAAACCGCACAGCUGGAUUUGCUUUAACCUCGUGACAUGACUGUCUAUAGCAGGGGUGUCAAACUCAUUUUUGCAGCGGGCCACUUUGGAGUCAAGUCUUCCCUCGGAGGGACACUACGACAGUGAAACUGAAUACACCAUUUUAUUACUUGUACACAAAACAUCAGAUUGAUGGAUUACUAGUUUUGAAAUCAGUCGACUGUCUGUUUGAUGUUUGUGCAAUUAUUGUCCAAGUGAGUGUAAACAGGGUUAAAAAAAAGUAUUACAAAGUCUCAACGGUAUUUAUUACAUAUGACAAUUUGACAUUUCUGUCCGGAUUUGAGCAAUGAUCAUAGAUGUUUGACACACAUGAUUUGCUUUUGCGGGCCACAUAAAAUGACGCGGCGGGCCGGAUCUGGACCCCGGGCCUUGAGUUUAACACCUGUGGUCUAUAGGCGUUAUGACUACUGUCAUCCUCAUAUUUGAAAACUUUGGAGUCAUUAUAGACAUUAAGAAAAAUUGCAUCCUAUUAAAAUCAAUCCGGUUUC